AGGGAGCAUUUGGGAUGCAGUCGUUUCAAAAUCAUCGACUGAAUCACUUUCGGACUCUGUGAUUUGCAAUAUCAUCGUGAUUUUUUUAGCGCUUAAAUCCCACUAAAGCUGAUUAAUAAAAAAAAAACUAACAGUUAAAAGUUUAAGAUCCUUUUGGGUGCAAGUGUACAACAUAAAAAAAUAAUCUUGUGCAUAAAAAAAUGAAGGUGACACUCUUUGCAAUUUUCAUCUGUAUUUGCCUCUUGAAUGACUACACAGAUGCCCGACGUGCUCGUGGAAGAGGAAGAACAAAAUCAAGGGUGCAAAUUGGACUACCGAUCACAGGAAAAUACCGUGAUCCUGAAUCUGAUCAAUACUACAAUAAUCACAAUGGCGCAAAAAUCACCUUGGCAUCCCAUUUUGACUAUGAAUACGUUUUGGGCCACAAAAUAGCUUUUCUUUGUGUAGCCAAAGGCAAUCCACGACCUCAAAUAACAUGGUUUAAGGAUGGCGUAGAAAUAUUCAGUCACAUUUAUAUGCACGUGCACGAAUGGCGUAUUGGAAAGGAUAAAAUGAAAUCCAAGAUUGAAAUUGAUCCUGCAACACAGAUGGAUGCUGGUGUUUAUGAGUGUACCGCAGAUAACAUGUACGCGAUCGAUCGGAGAAGUUUCAAAACUGACUUCUCAAUUGCUUUUGAUUGAAAAGUAGCAUUUGAUCGUAUUAUGCAAAAUAUUCUUCUAUUUAACACAACAUAAAUCCGUUUUGUAUCAAUACUUAAAGAGGAUCAAUAAAGAAGAUUAUCAUUGAAA